AUGCGUGGAAUCCAGAUCAAGGAAUAUGUCAAGGGCCCCAGCGAGCUCAAGGUCCAGGACCUCCCUGAUCCCGUCCCCAAGGGCGAUGACUACCUCAUCCAAGUCCACGCCGCCGCAGCCAACUUCUUCGACAUCCUGCAGGUCCAGGGCAAAUACCAGAGCCAGCCGCCCUUCCCCUGGGUAGCCGGCUCCGAGUUUGCCGGCACCGUCAUCUCCGGGCCCAAGAACGCCAAGUUCCCGCCCGGCUCGCGCGUCUUCGGCGCAACGCAGGGCGCCUUUGCCACCAAAGUCUGCGCAAAGGAGGCGUCCCUGCUGCCCGUGCCGCCGGGCUGGGGCUUCCAGGAGGCCGCGGGCCUGUUCGUCACGGCGCCCACGAGCUACGGCGCGCUGGUCGUGAGGGCCGGCAUCAAGAAGGGCGACACCGUGCUGGUGCAUGCUGCGGCGGGCGGCGUCGGUCUUGCGGCCGUGCAGGUGGCCAAGGCGUUUGGCGCCACCGUCAUCGCGACGGCCUCAACGCAGCGCAAGCUCGACAUUGCCAAGUCCUUUGGCGCCGACCACGUCGUCUCCUACAACGACGCCAGCUGGCCAGCCAAGGUCAAGGCCCUGACGCCGUCAUCGCGGGGCGUCGACAUCGUGUACGACCCGGUCGGGCUGGUCGACCUCUCGACCAAGUGCACGGCGUGGAACGGGCGCAUCCUGAUCGUGGGCUUUGCGGCGGGCAGCAUCGAAAAGGUGGCCAUGAACAAGGUGCUGCUGAAGAACAUCGCGCUGGUGGGCAUCCACUGGGGCGCCUACACGAUCAACGAGCGCGAGACGAUCCCGCGCGUGUGGGAGGGCAUCAUGGACCUGGUCAAGCAGGGCAAGCUGCGCGGCACCGAGUACGCCGACGAGGAGUUUGUCGGCCUGGAAAGGGUUGCGGAUGCCCUGGUGGCCCUGGGAGGGAGAGGGACGUGGGGAAAGGUGGUGGUCAAGGUUCCUCAGGAGGGAGAGAGCAAGUUGUGA